AUGGCAAAAGAUAAGAAAGAUCAAAAGAAGAAUCAAAAACCAAACAAAGAGAUCAAGCCAAUUACCCAAGAUAGUCGAUUUAAACAAGUUCAUAAUGAUCCAAGAUUUAAAUUUCCAAGUUUUAAGAAUUUGAAAAUUAAAGUUGAUGAUAGAUUUAAUAAAAAGGAACUAGAAAAAUUGAACCAUAAUAAUAAUGUUAAGAUAGAUAGAUACGGUAGGAAAUUGAAUAAAAAUGAUUCUCGAAAUAAUGUCAUAAACAAAUUUAUCGAACAUGAAGAUGAAGAUGAAGAUGACGAAGAAGAAGAAAAAUCAGAGGAGGAAAGUGAAGAGGAAUCAGAAGACGAUGAGUCAGAAGACGAAGAGGACGAUGAAGUUUCAAAAUUAGCUCAAAAAAUACGAAAAGAGGAGUCAGAAUUAGACAGAGCAAGAGGAGAAGGAAUGGAUGAUAAAUCAUCGUCAUCAUCAUCUGAGGAAGAAGAAGAAGAAGAAUCAUCUGAUGAAAGUGAUGUAUCACUAGAAGAUUUAGAAAGUGAAGAAGAAUCAGAAGUUGAAAUUGAAGAAAGUAAACCACAAGAUGCAGAUCCAACAAAAUCAUUUGCAGUUGUAAAUAUGGAUUGGGAUAAUUUAAGAGCUGAAGAUUUAAUGGCUACUUUUAUAUCGUUUGUACCGAAAGGUGGAUCAAUAAAAUCUGUUAAAAUAUAUCCAUCUGAAUUUGGGAAAGAGAGAAUGCAAAAAGAAGAAAUUGAAGGUCCUUCAAGAGACAUAUUCAAAAGUUCAAAAAAACUGAAAAAAAAAUCAACCCAAGAUUCUGAUGAUGAUUCCGAUUCAGAUAUUGAUUCAGAUAUUGAUAUAAAUGAUGCAAAAGAAUUGGAAAGAGUCACCAAAAAACUUUAUGAACAAGAUGAUGGUAAAGAGGAUUAUGAUAGUAAAGCAUUAAGAAAGUAUCAAUUACAAAGAUUAAGAUAUUUCUAUGCAGUAGUAGAAUGUGAUUCCAUAAAUACUUCACAAAACAUCUACAAAAAUGUUGAUGGCACAGAAUAUGAAUCCACAGCAAAUAUAUUCGAUUUAAGGUAUAUACCAGAUGAUAUGAUAUUUGAUGAAUUAGACGUUAAAGAUGAAUGUUUCAAAAUUUCAAAAAAUUAUAGACCAGACUCAAAAUUUGUAACUGAUGCAUUACAACAUUCAAAAGUUAAAUUGACAUGGGAUGAAACCCCAAAAGAAAGAUUAACAUUAUCAUCAAGACCAUUAUCACAAAGAGAGAUUGAAGAUAAUGAUUUUAAAGCAUAUUUAGCAAGUGAUUCAGAAGACGAUAAAGACGAAAAAGAUGAAGACAGUAAUGAUUUAAAAACCAAAUAUCAAUCUUUAUUGGGUAACACAUUUCAAACGGUUGGUAAAGAAGAUAAAGACGAAGAAGAAGACGACGUUGAUAUGGAAAUAACAUUUGAUCCAGGAUUAAAAGAUGGUAAAAAUGAAAGUGAUGAAGAUAAAGAAGAAACAACAAUAGAUGCAUACAAGAGAAAAGAAAAAGAAAGACGUCAAAGAAGAUUGAAUAAAUACAAAGAAAGUAAGGAAGUAGAAGAAGACGAAGAAGAAGAGAACUACCAAAAAAACAAAUCCAAGCAUAAGAAACACAACAAAAAAUCAAAAGACCAAACCAACUUAACAGAUAAACAAAAAGCAGAAUUAGAAUUAGUACUAAUGGACAACGAAGCAACCCAACAAGAUCAUUUCAAUAUGAAAGACGUUUUGAAGAACGAAAAGAACCUAAAAAAUAAGAAAAAAAAUAAAAAAGUAGAUUCAGAAAUGACACAAGAUAAUUUCAAUAUCAAUUUACAAGAUUCAAGAUUUAAUGAAAUCUUUGAAAAUCAUGAAUAUGCUAUUGAUCCAAGUAAUAGUGAAUUUAAAAAAUCUAGUGUUAUGAAUAGAAUUUUGAAGGAAAGAUCAGCUAGGAAUAAUAAAUCUAGUAAGAAUGGCUUUGAUAGAUCGAAGAAACGAAAAUUUGAGAAAAGUAAUAGUAAUAGUUAUGAUGAUGUUAAACAAUUGGCUAAGAAGUUGAAGAAUAGAAAGUAA